GACCACGCCCAGGCCUCCGCUGAGACCUAGAUGGCAAGGUAACCGGCCUGCCGGGCCCGUAACAGACUGCGCCUUCCGGGAACACCUGAGCGCCCCUAGGGCAGGCAUCUUCAGCUUUUGCAUCCAACCAGUUGCCUUCAGACUCAGUUUUCAGAGAAGUUCACUAGACCCCUGUAUUGGCCCAGGCUCUUCAAACCAAGCAGAAAGCUUAUAAGGCAGCUUUGAUUAAAGAUGACUUCCUUGAUCACUCAAGAAAUUCAACUUUCUAAAAGACAUGAAGAAAUAGUAUCACAAAGACUAAUGUUACUUCAACAAAGGGAGAAGAAAUUUGGAGAGCAAAACAAGGAAAAGAUACAAGCAGCUGAGUCAGCUUUUGAAAGGAACCUCUGUCUCUUAAAGGAUAUAGAAACAGCAGAAAAGUCUCUCCAGACCAGGAUUCACCCUCUUCUACCACCUGAGGUUAUUUCUCUUGAGACUCUUUACUGGGCAUCAGUAGAAGAAUAUAUUCCCAAAUGGGAACAGUUUCUUUUAGGAAGAACACCAUAUCCUAUUGGUGCAGAAAAUCAAAAUGAAGCAGGAAAUACUAUUCAAAAUAAAGCACAGCAAUAACUCCUCAUGCUAUUUCAAAAAACGUGUUUAAGUAAAUCUGUACUUUAAGGACUAUGCAGGUCACUUCAGAAAUUUUAGAAACUGAGUAUGUUCCUACUGUCUCAUGACCUCACCAUGACAAUGAAGAUAAUGAAAAGCUACUGGGAUGUCUCAAGUUUCGCCUAAAGACUUACUACUAUUUCCAGGUCAUGAAUCUGCUUUCUGCAAAACCCAUGGAAGUGUCAGAAACUAAUAUGGAAAGGUGGAUGGCUUCUUAAAUAAAUUAGGAAAA